UGAGUUGAAGAAGGAUCGGCGGUCGUAAGGUAUCAAGGAUGUAGCUGAGUUCCCCAUCGUAGAGGUGAGUGAGACCUACUUCGCCCGCCCUUGAGCCGACCACAUUUGGCAGUUGCUAUAGAGGUUCAAAUGUGUAUGGUUCGUAUCGCGCAAUCCCAUAGUCUUAGACCCCAGGCACGCAGAGGAUUGUGAUGGAAGGCGCUUUGGCCCUUGCGGCAGAAUGGUGUGUGUACAAGAUCGAACUCAAGAACUCCGUACGGGAUCAAUGACCUACUUACUGAUUGCUCUGCACCCGUCUCCGAUGUGUAGCUGCCACGGCCUCAUGUGGGAGUACAGCGGCUAUCUAUGUGUUGAGCGGACCCUACCGAUAUCCGCACGCCAAGAUCGACGCUGACCUAUCCUACGCCCGUGACCUGUUAACUGCGUCAGAGAGGUAUAAAGAACCAGGCUAUCCGUUAUGCGAACGUCCUUCCUCCGCCGAGAACCAUGGCGGCUCCUGCUCUCCCUGCGUACCCGUGGCGCACACCCAAAUUCUUCCAGGUGCCGGACCCGGAGUGGCACUUUGGAAGACCGGUGACAGCGACGGAAGAGGGCAAGAAGUGGAUGCAGGGCGCUGACGGGGAGGACGCCUUCAAGGGCAUGGACGCUACGACGGUUCCUCGCCGAGACCUCUACCAGCUCAUGAAGAGCGGAAUUGUACCCCGGCCAAUCGCUUUCGUGUCGACAACCUCGGCGGACGGAAUCGAUAACAUUGCGCCCUUCAGCUCGCUGAACUUCGUGACUGGAGUGGUGUCGUUCUUCGUGCAGUCAGGUGAUAAUGGACCGUCGGACACGUUGAAUAAUCUUCGUACAGGGCACGGCUUCGUCGUCAGCGUCAUCAGCGAGCCGUGGGUCACGCAGGCGUGCGUGACGGGCCUGAACGCGCCCCCAGGUAUCAGUGAAUGGGCGCUUUCUGGUCUCACCAAGAUCGCGAGCAGGACCGUGACGCCUCCGCGUGUCAAGGAAAGUGCCUUCUCGAUGGAGUGCGAGCUUAUGCACACACAUGAAAUACGCGACGCGCAGAGCGGCGACCUCGAGUAUACACAUGUGCUCGGUCGAGUGAAGUAUAUCCAUGUCCGCCGGGACGUCCUGACCGAGCGCGGCGUUGUCGACAUCCAGAAGCUCAAGCCCGUCGCACAUAUUGGUGACAUCUCGUACUGUACAAUAGGCGACGUCUUCCGCAUGCGUCCCUCGACAUGGGCAGAAGUCGAGCCAUUCAUUCCGGAUGAGAUGAAGAGAGAUGCGAGGGGAGGGGAGACGCUGCUGCAGAUGCAUAGGAUGGGCUGCUUGAACAUUGUUUGUCGAGACUCCAUCGUUUCCUCUACUCAAGCGUUCCCUAGAAUCAUGUCGAACCAGCUCCCCGCGUACCCCUGGCACACUCCCCAGUUCGUUCAGGUGCCGGACCCGGAGUGGAAGUAUGGGAAGCCUAUCACGGCGACCGAAGAAGGCAAGAAAUGGAUGGAGGGCGUCGACGAGGAGGAUGCUUUCAAUAGCGUAGAUCCAGCUACGUAUCCUCAUCGCGACCUCUACCAACUCAUGAAGAGCGCCAUCGUUCCUCGGCCCAUCGCCUUCGUGUCAACGACCUCCGCAGAUGGGAUCGAUAACAUCGCCCCCUUCAGCUCCCUGAACUUCGUCACCGGCGUGGUGUCGUUCUUCAUACAGCAAGGUGAUCACGGUCCAUCGGAUACUCUGACCAACAUUCGUACAGGCAAUGGCUUCGUCGUCAGCAUCAUCAGCGAGCCGUGGAUCGCGAACGCGCACGCGGCGGGCCUCACCGCUCCCCCGGGCGUUAGCGAGUGGGGCUUCACUGGACUCACCAAGGUGGCCAGCAAGAACGUGAAACCCCCGCGCGUCAAGGAAAGCGCUUUCUCGAUGGAGUGUGAGCUCAUGCAUACCCACGAGAUCUGCGACCUGCACACCGGGGCAGUUCAGUACACGCACGUGCUGGGACGGGUGAGCUGCAUCCACGUCCGCCGUAAUGUCCUCACGGAGCGCGGCGUGGUUGACAUUCAGAAGCUCAAGCCCGUCGCACGCAUAGGCGAUAUCUCGUACUGUACCAUCGGCGACAUCUUCCGAAUGCGCGCCCCGUCUUGGGAGGAGGCCGAGCCGCUGAUCCCGGAGGAGUUGAAGAGAGAUGCGAAGGGAGCGCAGUAG